AUGAAGUACAUAAAUUUUUUAAUACCGUUUUUUAUUUUAAUAAAUUUUUAUUAUACGAAUGAGUAUAAUUUGGGUAAAAAAGAAAUAGUGUCUAUAAAUAUGGACACGUUUAAUAAAAUUUUAGAGGAUGAAGAUCAGAUAACAUUAUUAGUAGUAUAUACCCAUUGGUGUCAAAGAUCUAUUUUACUUCUUGAAAAUUUAGAAAGUAUAUCAAAUAUAUUAAUGUAUGACACUGAUAUAAAUAUAGCAAAAAUUAAUGUUGUUAUUAAUCAUGAACUAAUACAUAGGUUUAAUGUAUAUAGUUAUCCUUCCUUAUUUUUGAUCAAAAAAAAACAAAUGCACAGAUAUAGUGGUUUAAAUAGUGUACAAAGCAUAUUAUUAUGGAUACAAGAAUACUUAGAUGAAAAUAUAUACGAAAUAAAAAAUAAAGAAAAGUUAGUUUUAUUUUUAGAACUUAAAGAAUAUAAUAUAUCAACUAUAUUCUUUUUAAUAAAAGAAGAAAAACAUUAUAAUAUGAUUAAUGAAUUAAUUUCUAUAUGUAAAUUAAUCGAUAGUACAUUUUGUUUUUAUAUUAAAGACCAUAAUUUAAUUACAUUUUUUGAAAACAUUUUAAUUGCAAAAAAUGAUACCAUAAAUAUAACUGAAAUUCUAGAAAAAGACAUAUAUGGAAUUUUAUAUAAAAAUGAUUUUUUUGAUAAAUAUUUUUAUGUUUUUGAUCAUUCAUUAAAUAUAUUAUAUGAAAAUGAAUAUAAUGAUGAAUAUAAAAUAAAUGCAUUAGCAAAAUGGAUCGAUGUAAAAAGUGAACCUUUAGUUAUUCGAUUUUCAGAGUAUUAUUUUCCAGCUUUAUUUGCACCUGAUACUAUUACAUUAUUUAUAUUUUAUAAUGACAUCAAUGAUUUAAAUAAAUCCGAUAUUAUUAAGUGUGCAAAAAAACAUAAAGGAGUUACUUUUGCUAUUUCUGGAAAUGUAGAAAUUUAUGAAAAAAGAUUAUUGUCUGAUCUCCUUAUUGAUGAUUUAAAUAAACCAGUUAUGAGGAUUAUCCAAUUUAAAGAUGAUAUACAAAUUCCUUACAAAUACAAACCUUUGUCGGAUGAGGUCGAGAUAAAUGAAAAGAGCAUUGAUGAGUUUAUUAAUAAAUUUUUAACGGAUAAGAAAUACUUUUACAAAAAAAGUGAGCGUAUUUUACCAGAUGAAUAUAAUAAUGGAUAUGUGAAAAUAAUAGUAGCAGAUAAUUAUGAUGAUCAUAUAUUUAAUAAUGACAAAAAUGUUGUCGUUCUAUAUUAUGCACCUUGGUGUGGCCAUUGUCAUAAAUUUGAUCCAAUCUAUAGAAGACUAGGGAAAAGAUUAAAAAUAUAUAUAGAUCAAAAUAAAGACUAUAAAAAUGAUAUUAUAAUUAGUAAAAUUGAUGCAGCUAACAAUGAAAUAUAUAAUAUUUCCAUUGAGGGAUAUCCAACCAUUUAUUUGUAUGAAAAAUCUAACAAAAAUAAUCCUAUAAUGUAUACUGAAGAGAAAACUGAGGAAAAGCUUAUUUCUUGGAUUUGCCGAAUGACAAACACAAAUAUAGAUAUUGAGAAAUUUCUUUCCAUAAAUUUAGAUGAUGAGAAACUUUUCGAGAAUUACGAAGAAUUAUAG